AGCAAAAUGACACAGUUCAUUCACAAAGCUGCCAGAGAAACACACUCAUACAGGGCAUAGAGGAAUGCUGAAUUGAUUACUAUAGUUUGAUGACACCAAGUUUCUUAUUGACUUCAGCUGUCCUACAGACCAUGGGGCACGAUUCAAAAUCUUAGACAGGCUCAAGCUCAGCAACAUAACGCCCUCCCCACACCAUCCACAAAAUCAACAUCUCUUUCCAUUCCAAGUCUCGGCCAUUUCUGUCUUUCAGAUGCGCACUCGAUUUGCUCGGCUUCCCUCACUCAAGAGUGCUUAAAGUAUUUUGUCGCAUUGCAAGAGGUCGGUCUAAUUACGAUUGCGCGGGAGGGUGCAUUUGAAGUUGUUGAGCAUCAGAGUCGGAGGAAUGAAAUGUGCCGGUCCCUUGUGCUGUGAGUGGACAUGGCUGCCGAUGCGUCAGAGCAGUAAUUAGCUGCCGCCCGUCGGUUUGGCGAGGAGAGUGUAAUAACAUAUCUCUCUCGCUACAACAUAGACUUGUAAUUCCCGGACUCAGAUCGAUUGGUCAGAAAGCUGUGCAGAAGGACAUUCGCCUCCAUUUGGUUGUAGCCCGACGUGCAUAUUUGCCUUUUCUGCCGACAGAAAAGAAGCAGAAGCCACCCGAAGUACCUACAAUCAUUCUCAAGUAGCCCGAAAAUGCUUUCGGAUGCGAUUGACUUAUCUGUGCUGGAAGAUGAUGUUGAUUGUACCUGGCACUCAAGCGAUUCUUGAAUGUCUGCCGGGGUGUAAGCUUUAAGAGCGGGUUUUGAGGCUUUGAGGAAGCAACGCACGAGCGGUGUGCCACAAGUGCGCGACAUCAAGAAGCCUUUCUACACUUCAAGUAAUGGAGCAGAUUGUUCUGCUGAGCGAUGACUCCAAAUCGUGGUUGGAAUCUGGGCAUACGAUUGGAAUGCGUCUAUAAACCACCACAGUAGCAUGACGUGAUGGAAAUUGGAUUGUUUGCCUUGACUUGGAAAAGAGCGAAGCCCGGCGGAUCUCUCUCUCUUUGUCACCCUGUUUCGGCAGGAGUGCUCAGCCUUUGAUGCGAUGAAGGAUGUCCCUUGCUCGGUCCUGGGGAGGGAGAAUUGAAAUGGCCACCACGUGGUCUGUUUACAGUCGUCGAACCCGCUCUUCUAGCAUCAAACCUCCAGGGUUCAGCGAUUCUACUGCACAGUCUGGCGGCAGAACUGAUGAGAUUCCCUCUGUCAAAGCGAUCACCCGAGCAAGAAGUCGAAGGUCCUCAGAGCUCAAAUUGUCCGUCGAAAACAGUGACUCGCGGAACGCGACCACUACGAGUAUCUUGAAGGCCGCACAGCGUACAAAUCCAGUGAAGGCUCGCAAACGCGGUGGAGUGAGUGGUCAAGAUUCUGUAGUGGACAUCGAGGAAGUACCAGCAUCACAGUCAAGCUAUAGUUUUUGCAAAGAAGAUGCGGCUAGCAUUAGAUCGUGUCUCCUCAGCUGGUAUGAUGAACACCACCGAACCUUGCCAUGGAGGCAAAAUUUGCAUUCUCGGCACCGGCAGGAUGUUAUCGACUGCAGACACGACGAACUGCGAAGACCCAAGGAUGAGGUCGAGGAGGAGGAUAAGGAAAAGGGGCCUGGAGGUCAAGCCGGCGUGGACCCAAAGGACCUGAAAGGUGGACAGGCUGUUGGAAAGAAGGAAACAAGAAACAAGUCCAGGAGAGCAAUUUCAGAUGAGGGCCCCAAAUCUGAUCGCCAGGAUUUAAGUAAAAUUCUCGUGACGGACGAUCAGCGUGCUUAUGAAGUUUGGGUUUCCGAGAUGAUGCUGCAGCAGACCCGUGUUGCUACUGUCAUUGAGUACUAUAAUCGGUGGAUGAAAAAAUGGCCAACUGUGCAUCACCUUGCGCAGGCCACUCAAGAGGAAGUUAACACUCUAUGGGCUGGAUUGGGCUACUAUCGGCGUGCUCGUUUCCUUCUCGAGGGCGCCAAGCAGAUUGUGAAAGAGUCCAAUGGGUUUCCCCGAUCUUUAGAAGAACUUCGAGAUGUCCCUGGAAUUGGCAGCUACACUGCAAGUGCCAUAUCCUCAAUUGCCUUUCAAAAGCCAGUUCCUUUGGUGGAUGGGAAUGUUACUCGAGUUCUGUCAAGGCUGAGAGCAAUAUCUGAUAGUCCCAAGUUACGGACCACUGUGAAAUUGCUAUGGGCUUUAGCUGAGGAACUUGUAGAUGCCAAGAGACCUGGUGAUUUAAACCAAUCUAUCAUGGAACUUGGUGCUACUGUCUGCACUCCCACUAGUCCCUCUUGCUCCUCGUGUCCCGUUUCAAAGUAUUGCCGAGCUCUUUCUAGCUCUUCGAAACUAGUCACUGAUUUUCCCGUGAAGGUUGCAAAAGUACCACGUCGCGAGGAACAUGUAGCCGUUUGCGUCCUCGAGGUUCUAAACAAUGUGACUGAAGACGACAAUGACGAGGCAACAGUUUCCAAACCAGAUUCAUACAUUCUGCUUGUGCAGAGGCCCAAUCAGGGUUUACUUGCAGGUUUAUGGGAGUUCCCUUCGGUUAGUCUUGGUGCUGUGCCGGCUUGUGGUAAAGAGCUAACAGCUGCCAUGGACAGAUAUCUGAAAGAAAGUUUAGACUAUGAUUUGGUAAAGAAAGGCAGCUUCUCCGUACAGAAGCGAGAGACGGUUGGAACAUAUAUUCAUUUAUUUUCCCACAUAAAGAUGCACAUGUCCGUUGAAUGGCUUCUUCUCUGUCCUUCAGAAAGCUCUGAAUGGCAGCGAAAUUUUAUGAAUAUCAGAGAAGCAAGCGUACAUUAUAAAUGGGUUCAGGCUGACACCGUAGGUAAGCUUGGUCUGACGACCAGUGUGAAAAAGAUCCACUCGAUGUACGUGAAUCACUUGAAGUUGAGAAGUCAAGCUGAAGCACCGAAACCGAAAAGGCGUAAAGGUCGCUCGGGCAAUGGCCAAUAGGAGUGAAAUUGAAGUUGAUAAAGAGGGGAAAAAAAGGACGGCUUCUCUACUGGUGUACACGAUCUCAAAGUUUUAGUAAUUCUUGGUUAUGAAUUGCAAUAUUUCCUGUCAUAGGCCGUAUAAUAAUGAAUAUCUGGGAUACUAAAUGAAAUUUCUAUGGUUUUGGUACUAACCCAUUUAAGCAGCAAAUCGAGUUCCUUUGGAUCGUUAUAAUGAAAUAUGGAUUCCGUAUCUAUGGGGAGACAUUUGUUGGACCAAGAGGUUAUCGCGUUGAAGUACCGUGAGACAUCACGCAGCGGCAAGUGCUAAGCCGUAGUAUCUUGGAAUGAUUGCAUGACACGCUGCCAAGCCUUCAUUAGAGUUUACAUUGACGAAAAGCACUAAUACGAUGAGACAGACCGAGGUCUCGUGGCAGCAUUCUGACUUCAGGAAAGUCAGAAUGUAGUUGGGUUCAACCAACAGCAUGAAGUGGACAUACUACGAGGACUGGACCAAGCCUUUACCUCUGGUUAGAGGUGUAGGCUUGGUCACCUUGACUACUAAGUCCUGGCUGUCAAGUGGGAAUCACAAUUGGAUCAGUGAUGGGCGAGAGUGUGAGAAUAACUUAAUACAUCAUACGUAAAGUUCGAGAACAAGAAUGGAAUGGAUAUGAAUGGUAAUGAAAAUUAUACGAGGUAGAACGAAAUGCACUGUGAUGGGCAGGGUCGAUGUCAGGAAAACAUUAUGACUUUUGACACUGAUGGUGACGAGUAUGGAUCAGCGGAAGAAGACUAUUGAUAUUCAAGAAUGGGCCUGAGUAUCAGGUGAAAAAGUUUGAAGUAUGGAUUACUUGAGUAAGUAGGCUGAAGGUCAGGAACUAGCACAAGAACGAAU